GAGCGGGGUUAGAGGUUGUCAGGACUUGUGUAGUUCACCCCUCCCACUGCAACUGCUCCCUUCUUGCUCUGACUAAAUAAGACCCUUGCACCACAAAUUGUGCAAUAUUCGUUAUCUUUCACACACGUGGAUGAGGGCUGCUGGUCCGCCAGCGUUCACUCGGUGCGUAUGAGCGACGUGGCCGCGGUUCAGGACGAUAAUCCUGCUCGAGAGACGCGUUCUGUGCCGCUGGACUGCUGCGGAGGACUCAACAACGUCGAUUAUUCAAAGAUGGAUUUGACACUGAUUGAAGGGCUCCUAAAACACACCAACUUUCACGACUCCAGCUUUUAUCUCGCUGUGGUCGCCAUCGUUUUCAACCCUUUCUUCUGGAAUGUGGUGGCGAGAUGGGAGCAUCGGACACGGACACUCUCCAGGCUCUUUGGUAGCCCCUACCUGGCCUGUUACUGCCUGGGCUUCGUCAUCAUUCUGCUCAACGUGUACCGCAGUCACAGUAUGACGGUGGCAAUGAAGUCCCAGACCAAGUGGGAGGUGAUGGACAGGACAGAUGUUUUCUACGCUGGUGUAGCUCUCAUGGUGCUGGGCACUGUGCUGGUGGUUGGCAGCUUCCUGGCUCUGGGAUUCACUGGAACCUUCCUUGAUCUGGGCACAAAGAUGAUCAGUUGCAGGUAUCGUAUGACAGGAGAAGAUUUGCCACUGCUGGGUUGUUUUGGUCGUUACCUUAACAGUAUCGGUUACCGAUACCCAGCCUUAGUAGUCUUGCUCCCCAGAGGAUAUGCCUUUUCCAAUAUGUUCCCAAUAUGUUGAUCUAUAAAUUACAUUACAUAUUUGGUAUGUAAUGUAAUUACAUACAUACAUUUGACUUUUGAACAAAUGUUAAGUUACUCUGGUGGUAUAUGUUUCUGCUUAUAUGUAAGAUGAUUUUUAGUUUCCUUUCCGAUUCCUCCUACCGUGGGCACCCACAAACAUAAACACAAACAAACUAGAGGCUACAGCCUGUGGGUGUGUGUUUGUAAUUAGAUUUUUCUUAUUUACUCCGUUUUAAGCCCCUCACUGUGACCUGGUGAUUCAAACUGAUGGCACAGGGUUAGAAACAAAGAUCCAAGCACAAUCAAAUCACACCGACAGUGUUUACGUAUUAGCCAGCCGGCCCAGGGUGUAAACUCCGAUCACGCACUACCGAUCACAGACCCACUUCUCCGACCUCUAGGCUACCGCUGUGCUUUCACUACUCUUCAGCAAAUCCAGCUUGCCAUUGUUUGCAACCACAAUGAAACAACAGUGACGCAGGAACAUUGGGAAAAAUGUGUUAUGCUUGGCUUUCAAAUGAAUUGGAAAUGAAUUGAAUUGGAAAAGCCAAUAGUUGCUUUGAGGUCAAAAAUGAGGUUAGCGUAUUGUUAUGCUAGUUUUCUAUUGCAAACCAAACCCAUUUGUUUAUAUAGUCUCUUAUAUUCUCCCCCACCUAUGGUGCUUAAAUGAGCAUACAUAGUAAAAAUUGUUAUACAACUUGGGCAAUACCAGCCUUCCUUUGAACAGGGCAAGCAGCACCCCAUGCGUAAUUCAGUUUUACGUGUGUGUGUGUGUGUGUGUGUGUGUGUGUGUGUGUGUGUGUGUGUGGAUGAGGGAGGCAUAAACGAAGUAUUAAAAUGUCUGUGUGUUUGUGUACACACAAUAGCCGGGGAACAUUAUUACAUAGCAAUAGUAGGUUUCCCAGGUUUCAGAGGGUACAGUGAGCGGGUGUCCUGCUGUAGUUCAGCUGCCCCCAAUGUUUGCACAAGAAGCCACACAUUUGUUUUAAAUCAGUAUACAGUACAUAUGUGAUUGUUUUGACUUGGUUCGGCUAAUUUCGCACUCCGCUGCAGCAAACUGCAUUAUGCUUUGGGUGGCUAGUUAUGGCUGCAUGCUCAAAUUUUCUCAAAAACACCUUUUGUUUCAUGUUUUAUAGUCCCGGUAGCGGCUGCUGCUGGUGAACACACAGCUCAGCGCAUCGCCAACCCCCAUCUGCAUUGAUCACAAUGAGAGCUGAUCUGUUGUGUGAGACAUGCGAGUGAGAAACACUUUCCAGUCAGCAGCACACCACAUAAGUUGACACUUGCUCUCCAUGAGAAACACCGACUCAGAGGCCUAAUCAUGUUUCCUCUUUCAAAAAAGAAAAACAUUAUUAUAAUGUAUAUUUCCUCAUACAAAAAAGUUAAUAUGUUAAUAUUUUCUGGCUGGUGCAGUAAUCAAACUUUGACUCCAGAGUUUUCACACGAGGUCAUGUCCAUGUGGUCCUCGUGUUAACAUCGGUAGCAGCCAGUGAGACGGAGCGGCAGCCAGACGGUGCAGCAAUAACAAGGCCGCGUGCUGCCAAAGUCCUGUUCCCUGGCACUGGAUCCUCAGUCUGACUUCAGGGUCUGCUGCUUUUGUCAGAAACGUGUCAGAAAUGAUCGCAGCGUGACAAGUGGCCCAACGUGGUGAGUUUGAAAUGAGACAUCGAGGUUGUAACUAAGGCAACAGUGUGCUACUGUCCACCAGGUUUAGGAAUGAUUCCCUGUUCAUCUGUGUUUCUUGAUCAACCGGCGCCUGGAGGCAAAUUAACGACCAAUGCACCUCUAGAGAGGUUUCCUGCAAGUGUCUGCUGGGAUUGGCAUCAGCCUAAUGCGUCACGGGACUGGAGAAGCCAGUAAAAAGUGACAGGUUUUAGUCAUGAAAUGGUGUGUUUUUGUCAAAUAUCAUCUCAACCUGUUACAGCAUUAACCCACUGUGAAUGUGUCUGUUAUGGUUUUCCAGGUGAUUACUUUGGCAUCCUGAUGGAUGAGAAGGUGACAGGCUUUCCCUUCAACAUCACGGAGAACCCGAUGUACUGGGGGAGCACUGCCAACU